GUAAAAAAUAAUUUUUCUCGCAAAAAAAAUUAAAAAAUAAAAUAAAAAUGUCCUCCGACGAAGACGAUUACAUGUCAGAUAAAAUCCUUGCAGCAUGCACAAGCAACACAAAAACCAAAGACAUCCGUCCCGGCUUGAUUCACAAUCACUCCCGAAAACGCGAACACGAGCUUGCCGUGAAGAAAGCUCGCUUAGAUGAGGAACAAAAGAAGAAACAACAACCAGCUUUGCGUUUACAGGAAGGUCUCAGCACGUCACUUAGCAGUUCAAACAAAGGUUUCGCCAUGCUACAAAAAAUGGGCUACAAAGAGGGACAAGCUUUGGGAAAAUCUGAAACGGGAAUUAAGGAACCGAUUGGAUUACAGAUCAAAAAUGAUCGCGGCGGAUUGGGACGAGAAGCUGCAAUUAAAGAAAUUCAAGAAUUUCGAGCUCAAGCAGCUUUAAAACGUGCGACAAAGAGCGAGGAUCAAAUAACACCCGAAGAAUAUCGACGACAAAUGGCUUUAAAAUCACAAACGAAGCAAAUUGACUUUGAUUUGGCGAAAGCGCAAAAGGCAUGUGAACGUUUAGAUCGAGAUCUGAAAGUCACUUAUCCAAUUAUGAAGUUUUUUUGGCCCGAAAAUCGAUUGCCGGUAGAUGAGGAGGACGAAAAAGAUGAAGAAACGGAGGAAAAAGAACCAGAAAAGUACGAAAAUUCGGAAAAAUUGGAAAUGUUGACGCGAUAUUUGCGUUCGUGUUACUUCUACUGCAUCUAUUGUGGCACAAAAUACGAAAAUGCGGAAGAUUUUCAAGCAAAUUGUCCGGGCCCGAGUAAAGAUGAUCAUUAAAUGCAACUAAUUUUAUUUAAAAUUCUCGUUAAUUCAAAUAAUUUUCCGAAUACAUGUCCUCGAGACAUUCGAUUCGAGGAUGUCGACAAAUAAAA